GAUUGUUCGUUAUGAGGGUUGGUUUGAAAACGUGUCGGGAUUUAGUCGACGGCCGCUUGGUUGCACUGGGUGGAAGCUGCGAGGGGGAUGCGGAUCGGAAGGCCACCCCAUCUCAGUAGUGCAUGGGUAUCGGGCAGACAUGGGUUCUCAUCCCUUCAUCAUCGCACUCGCCAUUUCGUACACAUUCGGUGCUAAGCUGGACCAUCUGCAAACGCUGGACAGGCUACUCAAGAAGGAUUACGACCGACGGGCCACCCCGACCAACCAUCUGAAUAAUGCUACGACAGUCCACUGCGAGCUGUACAUCAGAAGUUUCGGGUCAAUCAGUCCUGUCACCAUGGAUUACGAAGUGGACUUGUAUUUGCGGCAGAAAUGGCUCGAUGAACGUCUGAAGCACCCGGACAUUACCGAGGUGCUCGACCUUAACGAUCCGAACCUGGUGAAGGCGAUUUGGAAGCCCGAGGUCUAUUUUCCCAACGCAAAACACGCAGAAUUCCAGUUCGUCACUGUUCCAAACGUGCUGAUCCGAAUAAACCCCGACGGGGAAAUUCUCUACAUGCUCAGGCUGAAAUUGACAUUCUCUUGCAUGAUGGAUCUCUCCAAGUUUCCACUGGACAAUCAGAUCUGCACAAUGGAAGUUGCGAGUUUUUCAAAGACGAUAGAGGAGCUGAGGCUGGAGUGGAAAACUCAUCAGCCUGUGAUCAUGGGAAAAGGGCUGAGGAUGCCUCAGUUCGAAAUUAAAAACAUCGCAGCUUCAGACUGUCAAGAAUCGUUCCAAAUCGGAAAUUACAGCUGUCUGGUUGCGGAGUUUUACCUGAGCCGGUCCGUCGGGUUUCAUCUCGUCCAGAGCUACCUCCCGACGAUCCUCAUCGUCGUCAUCUCUUGGGUCUCGUUUUGGAUGGACGUGGAUUCCGUGCCCGGAAGGACGACCCUCGGCGUCACCACCCUCCUGGCCGUUUCAUCGCAAUCUUCAGGCAUCCAGAGUGGUCUUCCUCAAGUGAGCUAUGUCAAGGCUAUUGACGUUUGGAUGGGCACAUGUACAGCAUUCGUCUUUCUCGCCCUCCUGGAAUUCACCCUGGUCAACUAUCUUUGGAGGAGAAUAAUGGUGGACACGACGUCGCUCCUCACCGCGCAGCAAGCUGCAGCUCGCGACUUGAACGGUGACAUCAAGCAAGAUCAGCAGAGUCAAGUCACCUUAGCAGUGGCGAGAGGUGAUCCGGGGAAAAACCUCAACUCCAACAUGCUAAUGGCGAGGAAAAUCGACGAAUAUUCCAGACUUCUAUUUCCGUUCGCCUUCGCAGUUUUCAACUGCAUCUACUGGUGGUACUACCUUCUCUAAAUGGAUUAUAGACGACAGAUUUUAUUAAUACUUCAAGUUUGGUCGAGACGAAAUUGUACGAGCUUGGUUCUUCUUUUCACGCUCGAAUAGAGGGCAAAUGUGAUGUUAACAUAUUAAAAUAUUAGCCUCCUUUUCAAGAGACGCGUUUAACGCACCAAAUUGCCACCGUUCCACAUAUUUUAUGGACGAUUUUGCUUUAUUAUCCUGGGUCGUUUACCAACGCCAUGCCCAUUCCAGGGGGAGUUCAAGCCGUUUCCAAACAUUCGCCAACUUUUCCCCCUCUAAUGGAGUCAACGACGACCCGAAAGAUUCUUCAUUUUGUCUUCUUAACCCGAUGUGAUUUCUAAUGAUUAAAUAAAAUUAAGCGGGAAUAGUAAUACUAAGGAAUGUAAAAAGAGAUUAAAUUUAAACUAACGAAAACAUUUAUCUAUCGAUAUUUAAAGUUUAUGAAAAUGUUUUUAUUGCAUCCUAAUAAAAAUAGUUUAUGCAUAUUAUAAAAUGUAUGU